AAAAAGUAAAAAAUGGUUUUUUUUAGUUCCGAGCCUGAAAAUCUAGAAAUGCUGAGUGAUAGAUGUAAAUGUCUUUUGUUUUCAGAGCAGUACAAUUUAGCCCUAGAGGACUCAUCGCGUCUCCUUGAGCUAGCUCCAAGAUGUAGUCUCGGACAUGCCAGGAGAGCUGAAAUAUACUCAGCUACUUUCAACUACGAGGAGGCUUUGAGGGCUUAUCAGGAGGGUUUUCAAUGCGGAGACAGCAAUAAAGAGGCUUGUAUGGAGGGCAUUCUAAAAUGUAAACGGGAAAUCAGUAAAGAUAAAAACAAUGACAGGCAGUUUCCUUAUGUUGGUUGUGCUUUGGGAAUAUCAAUCAGCAGUAUCCUCCUAGUCCUUGAUUACAUAGCAAACAGAGAGGAAUCCUAUGUUGCUCACCCUUUACUAAAAGUUCUUGUAUGUGUUCUCUCUGCAAUAUUCUUCUUCUGGGGAGGUAAAUUCUAUAGAGCGUCUGUGAAGCGAAUGAGACAUCAGCUUUUGGAACCGCCCCCUGAUCUAUUCGGUCUAGAAGAGAAUGAGAAAAAAGACCACGCCCACUCUGACUGAUCUAUUGAAACGCCCAAAUCCUUUCCUGACGGAAGGCUAUUUACACGUCAAUCGGCGGUGCGGUGGUGUUCUGUGUAAGUUGCACUGUGCACUGUUCAAUGUUCAUAAGAUACAGUGCAGUCAAAUAGUUUUUAUGCGAUAUUUUCCAUUUAAAUUUAUUCAGUUAUUCCUCAACAGUAAACCUACACUUUAAGAGUCUGGAUUGAACAAAUUGUCUAAUUUGAAUACCGUAAUAGGGUAGUAAUCUAGUGAUCUAGUUUUUGCAGGGUUUUAUAUUUAGUUGAAAAUAAUUCUACCUCUUCCGUUCUUCAUUUAUUUA